AUGUUGCGACUCGUAAGGCAGUACACCUCCAUCACUCCUGGAUCACCGGAAUAUGGACUCGGAGCUCUUCUCUACAACAAAUUGCCAGGAUUCGCAAAAGCGCGAAUCUACGACAAAACGGGCGGUCAGAAAAAUCUGACACCAAAUGAGCUCAUGACUCUCCUCUCCGACAUUGUCAAAAAGGAAUCAACCUUGCGUCAGGUCGAGCAAUCUACAAAUUCAAGUUAUGCCACCUAUCAUGUUUUGGAAAAGCAAGGACGUCCAACUCCAUGGAAAAGCGUGGAAAGACGUCACGCACCCUCUUCCAUUGCUCCACGUAUGCCGACGACAAGAUGUCCAUUCUGCAAAAGAAGCAAUUACAAUGCAUAUAAGUGCCGCACCUUUAGCACGACAGAAAAAAGAAGAAACCGUACCAAAGACAACAAGCUAUGCCUCAAGGGUCUACGAGGAGAUCACCGAACAACGUCAUGCAAACGUCCACCUUGUCAUACGUGCAACUAUCACCAUCACCCUGCACUUUGUUUCAAAGUAAAGAACUUCAGAAAAACUCCACAGGCAAGCAACACGCAACCCAUCAACCAAACAUUAUCUCUCCCUAGAAGACCGCAAGAAUUCUCUUUAAGAGAGAACAAUAAUCGCUUGCGAGAAGAUAAACGCUCCACCCAACAUCGCAAUAGUUCACAACACGUCAAUUUUUCGGAAAACAUCUCGAAAGCUAGGAGUCCGAGUUAA